AUGGUAGAAUUGAAAGUCUUACUGCGCCUUUUCUAUGUCGCUUCCGCUGAGGAUCCAGCUGAUCAGCCUCCCUGUCAUAGGGCCUUAUCAGAUUACCGCUUGACGGAUAUUAUGUGGCAGAACGUUCAGUGGUUGUUCGGGUAUUCUACAAGUCAUAUGUCUGACUUGAUGGCGUUAGAUUCACUCGUGAUGACGACUUGGUCUGGAAAUAGUCUUCCCUACUCUGUACCAGGUUCUUCCCGAGGAAAUUCGGGCGUCAACCUCUUUGCAUAGGAUCUGACAUAAAACGGUAGCCUUAUGAAACGCCCAGGCAUAUGUUUCCCCCUUUUCUCUUGGUCGGCUCCGUCUUGCUGUUCUGGAUUUUUUACCCCGGAAAAUAUUAGUGGCGGUUACUUCAUCGUAACGCAAAGGAAGUCUUGCAGGUGGCCUCUUAAAAGGUGACUGUGAUAUUUUCUUGUUGCCAUCGAGGCAGUGUUAAUGGGUGUCUUGUGUCGGGCAUAUUGCCGCGUGGAGACGUUUAUAGCCGAUCUAUGUUUGUUUAAAGAUGUUGUUGCCCUUUUAGGAGCUUCCUGUCAGAUGGUAAAGCUGUUUCCUUGGGUGUACUAUAACUCUAGGUCUUUCAGAGGGACAGCUAUCUGAAAUCAUGGACCAUGUUCGGUGGACUCGCCGACAUACUGCUUUGCCAAACUACUCUGGAGAUUCGGCUAAGCUGGCUUCAAGCGAUGUGAUGGACGUUAAUAGGAUCAACCUAAGGGUUUUGCGUUAA